AUGGUUGCAUUGCUGUAUUCGUGCACUAUUGCAUUGGUGGCUAUUCCUCUAGCUCCAACAACAGCGUUACUUGCGCUUGUGCUGCACAUUGCUAACUUCAAAUUUGACAGGUUUAUUCUAAUGCAUUUGCAGAAGAAGCCAGCAAAUCCGUGGGGGGCUAAAGACGCCGACAGCUUCUUCAUUAAGUUUUACUUCUGCACUGUACUCAUUUUCCUCAGCUUCACCUUCGACCCAACUCGCUCAUCGAGUUCAUACUUUUUAAACGGUCCGGCAUGUUCAGCUGGUUAUCCUCUCUGUGUCUGCAAACACGCUUGUGGACCAUUUGUUGCAGUGGCGACAGGGUACACUCCUCUUUGGAGUAGCAUUACAUCUUCCGGUGUUGCAUCAACGCUCUACUCGCUGGUACUUGGCAACAAUUUCGUACCGUGGGCACUAUUAUUCAUGUUUCUACUUGCCAUCUUUUUCCUCCGGAACUCACUCACCGUUUACAUCAUGGCAACAUUGCAGCGCGAACAGAAUGUUGCACUUACCUUUUCAUCAUUACGAAGAAAGAUCAAGCAACUUGAAAACCGUUUGCGUCUUCAAAAAAUGGGAGGAACUCAAUUAAAUGAAGCGGAUAGAAACGAAAAACCUUGA